AUGCUGGCGUUUAAUGUCACCGACCACUCCAUCGCGCCCGCGCAGACGGUCGCCGUGCAGAUUUUCCGGCCGCACAAGGCCGCGCUGCCCGUGAUUCACCAGGGCGACGCGGUGCUGUUACGGAACUUCAGCGUCAUGGUGCUUACGAGGAGCGGGUUCGGGUUGAGGGCGAAUGACGGGUCUAGCUGGGCUGUUUUCGAGACCAGACGGCAUGGGGCCGAAGGCCAGGGAGGAGGGGACGGUAGCAGUGCUGAUGCGGACGCUGGUGAUGAUUUGCCGCAGAUUCGGGGUCCGCCUGUGGAGCUGUCUGAGGGGGAGACGGGGUAUGCGGCUCUGCUUAGGCGGUGGUACGCCGGGCUGGACGCCAAGUCGCUCGCGAGGUUGGACAAGGCUAACGAGGCGGCGCCGGCUGUUGGGAAUGUCGGGAAGGAGGGCAAGUGA